CAAUCCUCAAAGACCCUCCGUUCGCAAAUCUUUCUUUCUUGAAUUCCAUCUACCCAAUGUAAGUAGUGCCCUCCAGUCGAGCCCAUGGCAACAGAAACAAUACUCGUCGUCGGCGGCUGCGGCGGCCUCGGCUACAACAUCGUGAAACAGUGCCUGCACAACGGCUACAGCGUCGCCGUGCUCGACAUCCGAACCGACAGACACCGCGUCGACAAGGCGCAGUACUUCGAGGGAAGCCUCGUCUCGCGCGAGACCGUGACCGACGUCCUCCGCACGACCGGCGCGACCGUCAUCAUCAACACGGCCUCGCCCCGACUCGUCCACCACCAGCCCAACGAAGUAUACGACAAAGUCAACGUGCUCGGCACCGCGAACCUGCUCGACUGCGCCCGCAAUGCCAGCAGCACAGUGAAAGCCCUCAUCUACACCUCCAGCUCCUCCGUCAUCCACGACAACACCAGCAAUCUCGUCCGCGCCACCGAAGCCCUCCCCUACGUCCUCGCCCCCGCGCAAAAAGAGCACUACACGCACACCAAAGCCCUCGCCGAGCGCAGCGUCCUCGCCUUCAACGGCCAAGCCGGCAUCCUGACCGCCGCGCUUCGCCCCGCCACGCUCUUCGGCGAAGCCGACCAGCUCACGAUCCCCACGAAUAUCGAAAACGCCCGGGCCGGCCGACUCAGGUUCCAGGUUGGCGACGGGACUAAUCUGUUCGACUGGACGUACGCCGGCAACGCCGCUUACGCGCACAUCCUCGCUGUGAAAGCCUUGCUGCGCGAGCGCGAGCAGGCACACCCCCUAGCCGCACACCUGAAGGUCAACGGCGAGGCAUUCAACAUCACCAACGACGAACCGUGGCCGUUCUGGGACGUUCCCCGGGCGAUUGGCGCAGCGGCGGGGUAUCCUGUUGCGCAGGAGGCGGUGUGGGUGAUACCAGCCCAGGUUUAUUUUGUUGUCGUGGUCUGCCUGGAGUGGAUUGUGUGGCUGGGCAGUUUCGGGACGAAGACGGCGCGGAUGGACCGCAAGAUGGUGCGGUUCGUGACGAUGACGCGCACUUUUGAUGUUUCCAAGGCGAAGGAACGGCUCGGGUAUCGGGCGCAGGUUGGCAUGCAAGAGGGCAUUCGUCUGUCGGUGGAUUGGUAUAUGGCUCAUGGUAAGGGUGAGGGGCAGUGAUUGAGUCGGCUCUCUGUCAGAUAACUAAACAGGCCAUAUGGCCUACUACAAUCUUACCCUUGUAUGAUAACACUGUCGACGAGCGCCCGUGAGUCAGUGGUUCGUAGUAAUCAUAGCUGCGCCUGACGAAGUAGUAGCUUUCUAUAAUAGUAAAGGCAUCAUCGGUGCGCUACGAGAGAUUGCCAGAAGGAUUAUAGUUAUAUGGGCGUGUUUUGAGGCCGCCGAAUAUGCGUGCGAGGA